AACUUAAAGGCAACGUGUAUCAACUCAUUCUUCUAGUCAAGAAUAUCAGAGCUUCUUAGAGGGGGAAUAGAUAGGCUCUAAAACCAUGUCUUGGUUUUUUACAGUUCUCUUUCUUGUUACUGCUCUUACAUUUCAUACUCCUUCAGAGGCUAGCCAUGAGAAGAACGAUCCUUCUGCAGUUGUUGUAGGCACUGUCUACUGUGACACAUGUUUCCAAGAGGAUUUCUCACAUACCAGCCAUUUCAUUUCAGGGGCAUCUGUUGGUGUGGAGUGCAAAGAUGGGAGUUCAACAAAACCAAGUUUCAAGGCAGAAGUGAAAACAAAUAGCCAUGGACAAAUCAAAGUCCAACUGCCCUUCUCAGUGAGUAAACAUGUCAAGAAAAUUGAAGGAUGCUCCGUGAAACUAAUCAGCAGCAGUGAACCCUACUGUGCUGUGGCAUCAUCAGCUACUUCAUCUUCCCUACAUCUCAAGGCAAGAAAGCAAGGGACCCACAUAUUCUCUGCUGGGUUCUUCACCUUCAAGCCUCCCAAGCAACCCAGCUUAUGCAACCAGAAACCCAGCAUUCAGAAUUCCAAAAAAUUAAAUUCCCAGAAGUUCUCAUUCCCUCCUACUGAUGAGAUGGCGUUCCCAUCCCCCUCUCAGGUGGACCCCACAAUGCCCGAUCUCCCUCUCAUCCCAAAUGAUCUCCCAGGACUCCCAGGACUACCAGGUCUCCCAGGUCUCCCAGGCCUCCCAGGCACAGGUCUUCCAGGCGUCCCAGGUACAGGUCUUCCAGGACUCCCAGGUCUCCCUGGACUCCCAGGCCUCCCAGGUCUCUCUGGACUCCCAGGCCUCCCAGGCCUCCCAGGUCUCCCAGGACUUCCUGGAACUCCAGGUUUGCCCCAUGUUUGUGGAAAACCUUCAUGUGGGUCCUGCAACUGCAAAACUUCAAAGAAUGGGCAACUAGGUGAUAAUAAAGAAGUGACCAAUCUAGAUUCUCCACCAGCAGUUUCAGCACCAUGAUUCCCGUAAACCUGCCUCCUAUACCUGGUUCCUAUCCUAUUGGGUGCUACCCGUUUAAGUAUAAUAAGCCCAUUUAGGUAUUCUGAGUUGUAGUUUCCUGAACUUCUAUGUAUUUAGGUCUCUUCCUACUCAUCUGAGAAUUAUGAAUGAAAUGUUGAAUGUUUUAGUGUUA